UCAGAUCACCAGACUGGAAUGUAUUUCCAAAUUUAUCUGCCACCUCUGUCUCAGCAAUUCCCACAUUGGUUCUACAAGUUGUCACACAGGUAUCUCCUCAACAACCCAGAAUUGUCUGCAGGUAAAAAAGUGCUGGAUCUUGGAAGUGGCUGUGGCGCAUCUGCAAUUUCAGCUAAACUGAGUGGGGCUGCUCAUGUGGUAGCCAAUGACAUUGAUCCAGUUGCUGCAAUCGCCACCCAGAUGAACUGUGAGCUGAAUGGUUUAGAACCCUUAACCUGUGCAACCAAAAAUCUGAUUGGUGAAGAGGCUAAAAACUGGGACCUCAUCUUGUUGGGAGACAUGUUCUAUGACGAGACUCUUGCAGAUGACUUGCAUAAAUGGCUCAGAACAUGCAUUAAGACUUAUGGAACUCAAAUACUUAUUGGAGAUCCAGGACGGGCUCAGUUUGAGAGCCAUGACAUCAAGACACAUUUGCAUAAACAGGCUCAGUUUGAGUUACCUGACUCAGUUAAGGAGGAAAACUAUGGACUGACAAGUAGCACAGUGUGGUGUUACAGACCCGAUUCAUAAGUUAUUUAUAUAGAAAAAAAUAUGGCUGCCAAAUUAUGCUUAACCCUUUGAUGCACAAGCUAAGCAAACCCCUUCUAAUGCACAACAUGGGUCAAAAAUGACCCAUAUUCAUCCAUUCAAGAAUAUUUUCAUAUGCACAUUUGUCAGUUAUUCAUGUAUUUCCUGUCUUAGCUAAUAAAAGCUAUCUACACUAGAAUAUGUAAACAGCUAGCAAGCAAAUAGUAUUGGACAUAUUCAAGAUUCAAGAGCCUAAUCUUUGGUUGUCUUUCAAAAGAUCAGUAAAUAUGUUUUUGACUACAAACACUUACAAAUGUCAGUAGUUUCUGUCAAAUUCCAUAGUAAAUACAUAAGGGUCAUUUUUGACCCAUGUUGUGCAUUAGAAGGGUAGUGAUACAAAAAUGAUUUUUAUUAAAAAAGUAAAAAAUAUAAAACUGAAAUAAGGAUUUGUGAUGAUCAAAAACAAGUUAAUUGAGGAAUUCAUGGAAGCUUGAAUUAAUUAAUUUAUUGCAAAGAUGUAGAAAAUAAAAACUCAGUUGGGUCACUUUUGACCCAGGUUGUGCAUUAAAGGGUUAAGACUGCAUACUAGAGACUUACAAUGAAAGAGAACUUUUAGAGGUGCUAGCAGCAUUCGGCAAAGGAACGAGAUAUAAUAACAUGAUGGAUUGACAAAGCCAAGGAACGAAAAAAGGAAGUCAAAUUUGUCACUUUUACUGUCCUGUGUUGUCUUUUCACUGUUAAUCAGAUGUGUCAGUCUAGUAAUACUGUAAACAGCCAGUACAUAAGCACCACGUUAAAAAAAUUAGUGUGUAAUUUAGCACACAUUCAGUAAUCAGGAGUAGAUGUGUCUAGUAUAAUUGAAGAAUUAGAGGGACACCACUGUUCUUAAUUUAACUCGUUCCUAAUCCUGUCCAUCGUCAUCACUCUCAACAAGGAUUAAAGCAUCUUCAUCUCUGCCACCUACAGCUCAGUCUCGUCUUUUUGUCGUUGCCACUGCUUUCAAGCCAUAUAACAUGGCAGGCCUCACUACUGUCUUGUAAACUUUCCCUUUAAUUCUAGCAGAUAUCCUUCUAUUCCAAAUCACUCCUGCCACUACAUGCCUUCCACUUAAUCCCGCCUGCACUCUCUUCUUCACCUCUCUACCACACUCUCAGUUUGACACGCCUGAUACCAAAUAUUUUAACUCGUCCACAUUUUUGCAUGACUUGGCCAUCGAGCCAAAUUGGGCAUUCGUGCAGAAAGAGCCUUGGGCAGGAAAAUGAUAAAGAACACAAUAAUGACUCUAAAACAGUCCUGUCAAGAGAUGGCAGAAACAGGUGGAUGGACAAUCAUCUUUGUCACACUCCAUAAAUCAGGCCUUUAUGACAGAGUGGCAGGAUGGAAGCCAGUGUUAGCAUGUCAAGUGCUCAGAGAUGUUAAGUUCUCUAUUUAAAUUGCAAAUCAGCAAGCAGUAUAUCUGGCAAAACACAGACACUGAACAUCACUUGGCUAAUGCCAUUCAUACAGUCAAACAAAGCAGAGGCAACAUUAUGCUAUGCUGGCGUAACUCCAAGGUCAAGUCUCUGAAUGUUCCUCCAAUCAUGUCUGUGGCACCGACAAAUCCCAGCUAUUAACCCCAUUUAACGUGUGGAGAGGCUAGAAGAUGGCAGUUUACAGACAUUAUUGAAUCUGACAGAUCUUGAGAGGUUCUGCCAUGAAUAAUGGAAUAAAGUAUCCAAAUCUAGGUCUGAAAAGCAUGUAAAGGAAAAUUACAAGAAGACUUAUUGCUGCCUACAAAGUAUUGAAAAAAGGGUCCAAAACUUUGUAAAUAAAAUUCUUUCAUAAUUUUCA